GCGCUGGAAUCUCAAACACCGUGUUGAAGCGCAGCGACAUUUUUUAUCUCAGUUCAUUUCCUUUUCUACAAAAGGCCCGAUUCGGAUUGUCUGAUCUCAAAAACCGAACAACUGGAUGCUCGGAACAAAUCAGACCCAAAACAAACAUAAGAAAAUUAAAACCUUCCGUGUUAUAUUUGCGACCACAAACCGCUGGCUCUGAUGUUUCACGUCAGUCUGUGACGCUCAUACAGGAGACCAGCAACACACACUCAACAUGUCUGCUCUGCAGGCAACAUGGCCGCCGGGCACAGAGUGUGUGGCAAAGUAUAAUUUCCAGGGAAGCACUGAUCAAGACUUGCCCUUCUGCAAAGGAGACCUACUCACUAUUAUUGGUGUAACCAAGGACCCAAACUGGUACAAAGCAAAGAACUCAGUUGGCAUAGAGGGCACUAUUCCAGCCAACUACGUUCAGAAGAGGGAGGGGGUGAAGUCUGGAGGAAAACUCAGUUUGAUGCCAUGGUUUCAUGGCAAGAUCACACGUGAUCAAGCUGAGCGUUUGCUGUAUCCGCCCGAGACGGGACUGUUCUUGGUGCGCGAGAGCACAAACUACCCCGGCGACUACACACUGUGUGUUAGCUGUGACGGAAAGGUGGAACACUAUCGCAUCAUUUACCACAGCGGAAAACUGUCCAUCGACGAGGAGGAGUACUUUGAUAAUCUCAUGCAGCUAGUGGAGCACUACACCAAAGACGCUGAUGGCCUGUGUACACGACUCAUCAAACCCAAGCUGAUGGAGGGGACAGUGGCGGCACAGGACGAGUUCUCCAGGAGCGGUUGGGCUCUUACUAGGAAAGACCUGAAACUUCUACAGAGCAUCGGCAAAGGAGAAUUCGGAGAUGUGAAGGUUGGAGAUUACCGUGGUACAAAGGUGGCAGUAAAAUGUAUCAAACAUGACGCUACGGCUCAGGCGUUUCUUGCUGAAGCUUCAGUCAUGACUCAGCUCCGACACCCUAAUCUGGUGCAGUUAUUGGGGGUGAUUGUGGAAGAAAGAGGCAGUUUGUUCAUCGUUACAGAAUAUAUGGCAAAGGGCAGUCUGGUGGAUUACCUGCGCUCUCGGGGUCGAACCGUACUUGGGGGAGAGUGUCUCCUCAAAUUCUCGCUUGAUGUAUGUGAAGCCAUGGAGUAUUUGGAGGUCAAUAACUUCGUACACAGAGAUUUGGCGGCUCGUAAUGUCCUGGUGUCGGAUGAUAACAUUGCCAAAGUUAGCGACUUCGGUCUGACCAAGGAGGCCUCUUCCACUCAGGACACGGCCAAACUUCCCAUCAAAUGGACCUCUCCCGAGGCUCUGCGAGAGAAGAGGUUUUCCACUAAAUCAGACGUGUGGAGUUACGGAGUUCUUCUAUGGGAGAUUUACUCCUUCGGUCGGGUGCCCUACCCCAGAAUUCCACUGAAGGAGGUGGUACCGCGUGUGGAAAAGGGCUAUAAAAUGGACGCGCCUGACGGGUGUCCGGAGGCGGUCUAUGACCUCAUGAAGCAGUGUUGGACACUGGACCCAGCGGGGCGACCCUCGUUCCGAAUGCUGCGUGAGAAACUGCAGCACAUCAGAACGAAAGAGCUGUACCUGUGAGGGCCGACGGAGGCCCAGGGACAAAGAUUCAGCAGAGACAGAAGCUCCUCCGUCACGAACUGAAACCUUUUACUGUGGCGCCGCAUUCUUUUUUGUCUGUUUGGACGUGGACUGUUGACGAACUCUCAUGAAUAUUAAUGCGAGAGUAGGAGCACACCUCUUGAGUUUGUGCGAGUAUGUGUUUAAAGCUUCUACAUCAUUAUUUGCUUCACUUUUCUCAUUCUUAUCUCGUUUCUGCUCAUGGCAUCAGUGAGGAAGGCUGGUCUUUUCCUCCACUGUUUUUCUUUACGUUGCUUUUCAGUUUUCUACAAUAAAACAUAAGACCAGGUCUUAUUUGAUCUUGAAAUCAAAAGAAGAAAAAUAGGAAAUCAUAUUUUUCAUAAAGAAAAUAAAACCUAUUUUAGGACCAUUAACAUUGUCACAUUGUAAUAUAAAUUUAAUGGUAAUUGUGCAUCUUUCCCCCAGAUACUGUAAAUCUAAUUAUUCUCAAUAGACCUUAAAGGGAUAGUUCAACCAGAAAUGAAAAUUCUCUCAUCACGUACUCACCCUCAUAUCAUCCCAGAUGUGUAUGACUUUGUCUUCUGUUGAACACAAACAAAGAGUAGGUGGCGAUGUGCACGAAGAAUGCGAAUCACAAAAAGCAAAAGAAGAAUGUGAGUGUGGAGACUGAUAGAAAAAAAGGACUUAAAUAUUGAUCUGUUUCUCACCCACACCUAUCAUAUGUUAUGAAAAUUCUGAUGGAUUAAACCACUGGAGUCAUAUGGAUUACUUUUAUGCUGCCUUUAUGUGCUUUUGGAACCUUCAAAGUUUUGAUCUCCAUUUACUUGCAUUGUAUGGACAUACAGAGAUAUUCUUUAAAAUCUUUGUUUGUGUUCAGCAGAAGAAAAGUAAUACACAUCUGGGAUGGCAUGAGUGUCAGUAAAUGAGACAAGUUUAAUCCCUUUCCCUUUAAUGAGAGUAGACGCCAUAUUUAAUUUUAAGCAAAUGAAAAAAAGGCUGUGAGAGAAAGAUAUACAGUCUGUUCAAUGUUGUACAUUCUGAAGUCUAUGUAAUGUCUAAUUGUCACAACCCAUGUCAUGAGUUUUUUGUCCAAUGGAAAACUUUUGGAAAGACAUAUAUUCAGUGUUUACUUGGCUGGAUGAUCAACACCAUCGUACACAACAGUACAACUCAUUAAACAAGCGGUAUGUCUAUCCCUCACAGCCUCAUUCGUGCUGUAUUAAAAAUGCCUUCUACCCUCUGUAAGGUCUAUGGUGAUUUUUUAUUUUUAUUUAUUUUUUUAUUUUUUUUAUCAGAAUAAAUUAAAUCCAGUACAACAAAUACUAUUAUGAUAUAUACAUACUAUACAAUUUACUAUACAGAAAUAAUUUUGUGGAAGAAAAUUUGCUUAAUUUUCAUGAAAAUUAUGUAAAAAAAUAUAAAUAAAAUAAAAUAAAAAUAUCUUAAUUGUCCUAAAAUAAUUUCUUUCAUUUCACUCUACAAAAUCUAAUUUCUUAUUUCUUUCUUUUGAUUUGGGGGUGAAAAAUGACCUGGAUAUGUUCUUGAUUUUUCACCAACUCUUAUUCUGAAGUGCUCAUGUUUUUUGCAUCUAGCUGCAUGCAUCUUUCAGUGUGUGUUUGUGCUCUGUGUCAAAGUGCCUGCUGGUGUUGACAGAGCAGUGUCUGUGUUCUUCUGAAACACUUAAUGUUUCUCUUUUUUUUUUGUGUCUUUUUUUUUUUUAAGAUCAGCCUUUUUUUAAUGUUUGUAUUUGUUGAUUUGUCAUCUGCAUCAAGAGGGUUUGUGUUCAAUAUUGUCAGACUGUACUGAGCCUAUGAGCUGGGAAACACACACACAAACACAGACACGCACACAUCCCAGCUGAGCUUAUGUGCCUGCCAACGCAAACACACAUACACGCACACUUUUUGUGGGCUCAAUCCAACAGAACUCUUUCUGCGUCGACCUGUUUUCUAUUAAAAUAUAUUUAAAUAACUCGAAACAUGGAACAGAAAUGUGACAGUGCAGACAGAAGUGACUGAACACUGAGAAUUUGAUGUGUAGGGGGUCUGCAACUGACUGUGGGGUCGUGCAUGCUCAGAGAGGCCUUGGAUUAACAUGUCAGUGGUUUCAGUAUUCAUUGUUUUAAUAAUCUGCCAUGAUUAUGAAUAAAUCAUUCCAUGUGACCAGCACGGACAGUGGGAGAGAGAGUCAUUGCUGGUGGGGCAGAGCUUUUGUCAGGAAGUGAACUUGUCUAAAUGUCACUAUUGAUGAACGACAUAUUGCACCUUUUAAAGCCAUUUACUUGGAAAGAGGUGUGUGACCAUUGAGAUUAAAACACACACACAUACAUAAUAAAUCAAACAGUCUGGCCAUCUGAAAUUGCACUUUUUUGAGUCCAAAUGAAGUUUCAGUUUUGGCCAUAUUUACUGUAAAACAUGUUUCUCGUCUUACUGAUAACGAAUGAUUAGUGUAUUAUUCUAAAGAAGAAAAAAAGUAAUAACUUGGUCCGCUUCUAAAACGACUUUUCAACUGAAAUCACCAAGCCCUUUUAUUAAAUAACCCCUCCUCUCCAACCACCUGUCACAUAUAGACCACUUUUCACCAUCCUACUAAUUCUUGAUGAAUAAAAUAAAGUCUCACCUUAUUCAA